AUGACUAAAUUAGACACGAUCAGAAGCACAGAAGGGCCAAUUUGCCAACACCAAGUGGGCUUGAAAUACAGGCACAGUUGUCUUGAGAACAUUUCGAUUUCUACGCAAAGUCUUUCAAUUCCUACCAGCGACUGCCACCUAAAGUUGCCGAAAACCUCUCGAUUUACAUUCAACCUCCAAAUGCCAACCCAUUAUGCUUGUCCUCACCUACCUACUUGCAGCCAAGUCAAGUAUAACAAGAAGCCUUGCGACAAACACUGUUGCCUUAGUAUCGCUCGCGUGAAAACUCAUACCUUGAACCAAAAGAUUCACGGCAACUGUGAACCUGAUUGUCCCGUUUAUAAACUCGAUGGCCAAUCAUUAGACAACUUUUCAUUUGUACCAUUCGACCCCACUCCUCUCAAAAGCCCGAUACAAAUAAAGGGAGCGACCCGAGGCAUCAACAAUGGCUCCGUUGUCCACUCACGCCAUACUGAAGAAGAAAAAACAAACGAAGACCACCGAUUGAGCUUGGAAGAGGUUGAUCGGUCGCCCAUGUUGGUCGGUAUUCGAGUCUUGUCCAGAGUAGUAGCAUACGGCCUGUUAGUUGGUACCUGGUCACAAUCCUACUUUUCCUUGCAACUGGAACACCCUGAUCCAAAGCUUGAAUACAUUUGUGAUCUCGCAUGUGUUCACUUUCGCUCCGUCAUGAUGUAUAUCAUUCAAGUGAAAGCACAGGAAGAAUUCUGCUUCACUGCUUUACAAAUAGCCUUAUGUCUAGUGUUCCUGUUUUGA